UUCCCUCUCGCGAGGCUUGACAUGCAGCUUCUCGCGCGCUUUGCAAGAUGGCGGCUUUCCGAGAGAGGUUCACGUUGUGCAGCUUGUCCGGGACUCCCCCUCAGGCGCCCCUGGGACUGGAGCCGGACGCUGACCGGGUGCUGCUCACGGAUCGAGGCCGGACGGUGACGCUGUAUAAGGUAUCUGAUCAAAAACCACUGGGUUGCUGGUCAGUCAAACAAGGGCAAACAAUUUCAUGUCCAGCCGUAUGGAACUCUGAAACAGAAGAAUUAAUUCUUGUUCAUGAUGACAAGGUUUUACAGAUCUGGAAAGAAGAUGAUACUGACUUGGAUAAAGUUUUUAAAGCCACACUGUCAUCAGAUGUAUAUCGGAUACAUUCAUUACCACACACAGAACCCUUAGUCCUGUUCAAGAGUGGAGCUGUUAAGAGUUUGGAUGCUUUGCUAGCAGAUCCAAAACAAGAAAUUGAAAAUGUUAUUUCCGAAGAAAUUAUUAAAUGGAGUGAUGCUUUAAUUGGAGUUAAAAGGAAUGUUCUUUUAUUUAUUACUGAGGAGGAUAGGAAUUACUUCAUAUAUGUGCAGCAUUGCAAUCCAUACAUCCUUCAGAGGUUUAAAUUUGGACAAGGAGCUGGGUCAUCUACUGCCCUGAGCUUUGCGGCAUAUUUGAAAAACACGGUUAUCACACUCUUUUGCUUGUAUUCCAAUGGCUGUGUAUAUAAGAUUCUGAUACCACUACAAGAGAAUAAAACAGAAGAUACACAGAUUUUACCAAUAUCGGUUCUGCUCAAACUCAGUGUGGGUGGAAGUAUUCUUAAAGGAACUUCAAUUGUGAUUCUUGAUAAAGAUCAUAUUGCUGUAACAGGAUGCCUGGAUCCCUCAGAAAGUAAUGUCAAAGACUGCUUUUCAAUAUGGAAUAUUAAGUUUCAGACUCUGGAAGCAUCAAAAGAUUUGCCACAAGGAACAACAGGACAAUGUUGGGCUUAUGAUGAUAAGCUAUUCAUAAUACACGGCAGAGAAUUAGAAGUAAUUCUAUACAAGUGUGAAACAUCCUCUUUGGCUGCUGCAGUUGGAAAAAGCAAGGAUACAUAUAUUUCUGAAAUGAAAUCUAUGCCUGUUGAUUGGAAUAGGCUUCAGGAAGAUGACAUGAUCUAUGCCCAACCUGAUAAGGCUGCUAAAGAUGAAUCUAAGAGGCCGUUGAGAUCAAGAAAGAAUGCUCAAGAUGGGACCCUGACAGUGGAACAGCUUCUUAACAUUAUUAAGGGUGCUUCUCAGAAUACUGUAGAAGAAAAACUACUGGCGUUUUUGUCUAGCGCUCCAGGGACAGUCUUUCAAGCAUCGCUUGGAUAUAUAGUAUCUGCUCUUGUGAACAGAUGUAAAGCAGAAUCUUCUUUCUAUCCUCGCAGUUGCUUGGUACAGUUGAUUCAAACACAAGGCCUCUCUUAUAGCAUGUGUCCAGAACUGAUAGCAAUUGCAGUGGAGAAAACAGAUAUACAUCUGUUGCAGCUCUGUCUGCAGCAAUUUCCUGAUAUCCCUGAAGCAGUUAUUUGUACUUGCCUGAAGAUUUUUCUGAGCAUUGGUGACGACCACCUUGAAACGAUGAAUAUGAAUUCAGAUUUUGUACCAGAUCAUGCUCAUACUGUUGAAAACAACAAAAUGGAUGAACUGUCUAAAAUUAUACAGAAUGGCUGUACUUUUGAACUCAUAGAAGAAGAUAGCUGUGAUACGCAGACAAUACAGAAAUCCCAAGAAAUAGACCAAAGUGAAAUAUGUCCAGUUGGGCCACAGAAAGCAUCAUUGCUAAAUACAAUUAUUUGUUCAGCUUACAGUGAAACAUUUCUUUUACCUCAUUUGAAAGACCUGUCUGCAAGGGAAGUCAUAUUAUUCCUCCAGUAUCUUCAGUACGUAUAUGUGCAAUGUAGUAAAGAGUCUUCCACACACUUCCCUGGAGUAUUUCAUCUGACCAUACAACAGAUUAUGGACUGGCUGUGCCUCCUACUAGAUGCUCACUUUACAGUUGUUGUUAUGCUGCCAGAAGCAAGAGGGUUGCUUUCAAAGUUACACAAGUUUGUUAGAGCCCAAGUACAUUUUUACUCAGAAUUGAACAAGAUUGAAGGAAGUCUGAAACAUUUACAGAGAAUAAAUCACCCAGAAGAUAAAGGCUUAUAUUCCAUAGAAGUUAUAAAGCUUACCUGAAAUUUGCACAUCUUCAUUAAAUUAUUAUUAUGAA